ACAACGACAGUGAGACUCGUUCGUGCCUCCCGGCAAUAUUACGCUGCCGCGAAUGAUCUCCUCCCUCCUCCUCUGAUGACACCACCAUCGUGUUCGUGUUACCGCUGCCUCCAAUCGUGAACCAGAAGUAGUCUCAGCUGUCUUUGUUCCGGUGCACGAGAUCCCCUUUUCCGACAAAGAAUUCGGCCGAGCGAAGACCACGGACAAGCAAGAGAGAGAGGGAGAGAGAGAGAAUGGAGGCGCGGCUGCACCCGGACGGCCUGAUGGUGGGAAGCAGCGACGGCCUCCGCGACUUCCUCCUAUCGGCAUCUGAGGAUAUUGAUUCCAUCCCUGACGAGCGCCUGCGCGACAAAGCUAGGGCCCUCUCGGCUCGGGACUCCGUCCCUUACAGGUCCCUCCGAGAAGUCUAUCUUGCCAUGCCGGCAUCCUCCAGGCCGGCGCUCCUCCCGCUUCUCGCGGGCUCCGACCUCCUCUUUGCGAGCCCUAAACCUAGGGAGAAGUGUGAUGAGUUGAAAGAAAGACUAAUGAAGCUCGCUGAAUUGGAGGAGAGGAAAGCAUAUGAUGCACUUAUUGAGGACAUUGCACCAAAGAAAGACACUGAGGAGCCAUUUUCUUCAUACAAGGAUCAACUAGGAUUUGGCCUUCAUGUUGUGGUGACGAUGUUCACUGGUUACUUGGUUGGUUACGCAGCAUUUAGAGCUCUUUUUGCACGGAAUCAAUUUAUGAGUGCUGCAGGGGGAAUCUGUGGGUUGGUCUUUGCCAUGCUUCUUGAGACAGUUCUCUUCAUCAUUAGAACAUCUGGUCCCACUAAAAUAUCCUCGCCUUCUACUUCAAAGGUCAAGAAAAACCUCUAGUGGCUUGUCCGCCAGGUUAGCUGUCCAUCCUAAUCUGUGUUUACUCUGUAUAUGUUAUCAAGGCAACUGAAGUAUCUUCGGUUGUUCUGUUAAUGUGAAGUACACGUUUUAGUCUUGCAAAUUACUACAAAAUUCCGCUUGUACAACAGAUAGAUCUUCCAAAUAUGGAACACGUUUUAUUUGCAGACAGAUCCAUUGCUCCAGGAAAUUGAAAAAUAAUCUCGUCUGCAAGGCA